AUGUUCUCCAAGAAGCGCGUCUCGUGGGUUGGCACAUUCAACCCCCGCCGCUCCUCUACCACUUCUACGGCUUCCUCCUCCUCCCCAUCCCUAUCACCACGAAGCCCCACCUUCUCGAUAUUCUCGCGGUCGGGUACAAACAGCCGUAAAGGUUCGAUGGCCUCCAUGACUACGAUGGGCAACUUGGAGGAGAACGAGCACCUCAUGGCCGAGCAACCGAAGACGGCGGCCUAUGUACCGCAGCACGCAGCCAAGUCUUUCAUGUCGACGGCCACUUCGAAAGAAAUUCGCAAGAACGGAGAGAUUCUUUGA